UGCGGUGCUAAUGUUGUGACGUUAAGCGUUUUCCUUACACCUUACGCUGCGCGCUCGAAAGUUAGACAGAGAACUUGUGACUGCACGCGAGGCCUGGCCGAGAUUACGCUACAAGCUUUCGGCGAUUAUGGCUGCCGCCGUGAGCUCCAAUGUGGAAAAUUUGUCGCCGCAAAUUAUCCGCCGGGUGGCCAAGGAGAUGGCAGAAUUGGUCGCGCAACCACUCGAGGGUAUUCGUGUCAUUUUGAACGAGGCGGAUGUCACCGAUAUCCAAGCUGUCAUCGAAGGUCCAUCUGGGACUCCGUACGCUGGUGGUUUCUUUAGAGUUAAAUUAGCUCUUGGGAAAGACUUCCCACAAGGACCUCCAAAGGCUUAUUUCCUCACAAAGAUUUUUCAUCCCAAUGUAGCAAAAAAUGGCGAGAUAUGUGUCAAUACUUUAAAAAAGGAUUGGAAACCAGAUCUCGGAAUACAACAUAUAUUACUGACUGUAAAAUGUUUGCUAAUAGUGCCAAAUCCUGAAUCUGCUUUAAACGAGGAAGCUGGCAAAUUGCUUUUAGAAAGUCACGAUGAAUAUUCAGAGCGAGCAAAAAUGAUGACUGAAAUACAUGCACAGGGAGGUGGAAAAGGUAGUAAAGUGGGUCUGGAAAGUUGUACCUCUUCGGAAAAUGGAGGACCUCUUCCAAAAAAACACGCGGGUGAUAAGAAAUUAACAGCGGAAAAGAAAAAAAUGUUAAAAGACAGGAAGAGAACAUUGAAAAGAUUAUAAAAAUAAAUCAUUAUUUAUCUGUCUUUUGUAAUUUAAAAUAUUGGUAUAUGGGGUAUAUGUUGCCUCGUAUUGUAUACAAUUAUUAUUACAUAGUAAAAUUUUAUUAUCUAAACAUGACUGAUCUUAUUAUUAAAUAUUUAGAGAAUUUGAUAUUUCUAGUAUGCAAAAACACAAGAAGAAAAAAGAGAAAAAGAAAAAUUGAUCUACAUUUUGUGGAAGAUGAAGUACAAUUCUGUAGCAAUCUUCAUAAGUGCGGGCGGAAUUAUAGUAAUAGCCUGCUCUCUAUGCUAUUAGCAAAUAUUUUUACAUAUGUACAAAAUGAUACAAUGUGAUUAAGUAAAAUAAAAUGUGUCUUCGCAUAAUGUA